AUGAUGAAGCAUGCGAGCCCCGAGGAGAGACGGUUGUUGCAUCGGAUGGAUGACCUCUUAGACUGGAGGUGGGAUUCGCUCGCAAGAGUGCUGAAGGUUUGGGUUCCUCUAUAUCCCACCUUCAAGAAAUAUUGGAACCCAGCUGUUUUUGGUGGGGACAGCUCGUCAGUCACAAUUCGAGCUGUGACGGAAGCGUUGGCAGACGAGUGCCAUUUCGACAUGGCAGUGUGGACGCAUCAGUUCUCUGCCGAGGCCACCAGGCUGGCCCACUUUUUCGAGGGUUGUCACUGCCAUCAGGAGCAGCUGACAGACCCAGAAAACCGGGAAAAGAUAAACUGUUGUUGGAAAGGCAGGCGCUUGCCUUGGCUUGCGGUUGGUAAUCUCCAGGGAGCUUUGCAAGAUGCCAUGACAAACAACGAGAUUAGUGUUCUUGCGCAUCUCUUGUCUCGUUCUAGUGAAACUGCAAGUCGGAUGGCGCACAUGGCGGACACGUGCAACAAAGUAUUUGUUGCCGUUAUCCAGCAAAAGCUUGCGUAUGCUCAGCAAGUACCAUGGGUGUUUGCCGCAGCGUUUGCGGGGUAUAUGGGCGAGACUUGGGGCCGAGUGAAAAAGGUUCUUCGGCCACAUCUUCAGAACGUUGACAACAUGAUCUCCAGUGGCCAAGUCGGCGCUCUAGACUCUGUUACACAUGCUUUGUUUGGACCAACCGACACAGGCCGCAUGCUCCGAGAGUUUCUGAACUCGGAGGAUGACGUGCCCCUUGAUCGAUGGCCAGCGUUGUUUUGGAGAGUACAGGAAUAUGCCUUUGUUUCUUUGUCCGAGCGACACACGGAGAGAGAGCAUGUCGGUGUCAAGGUUGCAGCAAACCGUGGUCUCACAAAGGCUGGGCCUGCAGUUGUCUGCAGCCGCAAGCGCAGAGAUCAAGUGUUGGAGAUGCUGGAAGAUGAGAAACAGCUCGCUUUCUUGGUCAACAAUUGGCGCAGCAGGCGCCUUUGGAGUAGCCUGCUGGAGCACAUGCUCACUCACGAAGAGGUUCGACUUAUGGAGACGCCAAAGAGGCUUUCCCGCUUGUACGGGUAUAGCGAGGAAGACCACUUCAAAGAUUGCGAGGACUCUGUUCGUGCUGAUGCCGUUUACCGCCAAACUUUGAGAGAUCAGACUUUGUUACUGGCCGGAAGCUUCAAGCUUCCGAGUGCUUCCUACCAGGUAGUGAACUGGCUGAAAGGCCAUUUGGCGACGGGCGUGUUUUUCAGUGUGUCCACGCAUGUCUUUGAGCUACUUGUCGACAGGGGUCGGAGAUGUGAAGACCCAGCCGCAUCCUUCAGAACCGACGUGCUGCUGUCUAUUCUGCGAGCCGACGUCCACCCUCGGGUAAGUGAUCGUGCUUCGGUUUUCUGCUCGGUGCUGGAUGCCAGGCCAGAAGCAAGAACGGAUGCUCGUGUUUCGCGACCUGCUGCACACAUCACAGACCCGAAGCUAGGCCGCCGCAGCUGUGUGGUUGUGCAGCGUUUCCACGACGUGGAUGUUUCCCAGGGCGUGCACGGCCUUGGUGGAGAUGUGCGGGUGGCGUGCACGAAUGUGCGGAUCGAGGUUCUCGACUUGGCACGGGUGUGCACAGCAGAGAACUUGAAAGCCUUUUGUGCAAACUGUUUGCUCUGGCGUGCUAUGCCUGCGGAACUGGCCUUGGCUCUGGGAGACGAGUCCACGCAGCCAGGUUUGCUGCAGGAGCCGCAAGUGCAGAAACUUCCAGAGAUUGUCUUAGACAGCGAUCCUGCCUGCUUGUUGAGUCGACCGCCUCCGGAUCCGCAUGUGGAAGAUGCCCUCGACAUCCUGCACCCCCCUGCCCAUGUCGUGCAGAAUGCGGACGACUCUGCGGUGCUGCAGGUCUACGGUGCUCCGUGUAGCGACCGAGAAAUGCAAGCUAUCAAAGAGUUGCUGCGAGCAAGGGCCAUCGGCAUUGAAUCUGCUGUGUAUGCCACAGACCUUGAACACUUCGAUGCUGUUGCACUGGAAGGCUUGCGUGACCGAGGUCUUGUCAUCUGCGAGACUGAUAUGUUCUCAGAUGUAUCCGUCGCCUUGACGGGCAAGUUGACCUACAGUGCAAGCUCGGUGCUGGCACGGCCAUUGUUGCUUUGGGAGCUUGACCAAACGACUUUGACUCGAGGCCAGAUGCCAGGCCGAUCAAAGUUGGAGUUAAUUCGUUUGUUGUUUGUCUUGGGCUGGGAGCCAGGGCUGGGCCGGGAAGCGUGGCAUCGCAAGCAGGGAGAGAAACGUCUUCCAGAUGACGUUCUAGUUUGCAGCCUCCCCUUCCUCAGAGCUUUGAUGCUGAGUCGGCUUAUAUGGGAAAGUCUGGAGCUUGACCCAGAGGCUGAUGAUGCCGAGUUAGAAGAGCUUGUGCAAGAGCUGCCUGAAAAGCUCAUGCAAGCAGAAGAGCCGCAGCCAAGCAUGGCCAGCGGUGGUAGACGUGUCGCUCCUCUAGAAAUCGACUUGGGCGGGCUGCUGCCUUUUUGCUUGCUUGGCAAAUGCGAGCAGCUCACCACCGCAGAGCUGAAGCUCACAUUGCGGUGGGUGCCGGUGGUCUACAACCAGUGGGGCGAGGCGCAGCUCCCACACCGGCCGCCUGUGCUGUUGCCGCCGCAUCCGCCGGCGGCGGCGGCCCCUUCUGCUGGCACGGGUGCAGCCCACGGUGCAGCCACAGGUGGCGGUGUUGCUGCUAACCCCUCGGGGGCUGCAGCAAUGCCGGCGCCGAAAAAAAAUCCUGGCCAGGUGGACCUAAGCAGCGAGGAUGACGACGAGGAGUCUGAGGAGGAGGAGGCGGCUAAGAAGGACGAGGACAAGGAGCCGGACUCCCAGUCGCGGAAGGAUGAUAUCGUGGUGGUGGACCACGACCAGGAGAAGAAGAAAGAAGAAAAGGGUGGCAAAAAGGAGGAGGCUGCUCAGAAGCGCAAGAAGAAGAAGGAGAGCAGCUCUUCCAGCGGAGGCAACAGUGAGUCCUCCAGCAAGAAAGAAAAGCCCCGUGCAGCCCCCGCUGCCAAGGAGGCCAAGCAGGCACACGAGGCCCAGGCCGACGAGAACGAGAGCGGCAAGGCCAAGGAGCCCAAGGAAGACAAGGAGGCGGAGGCGGCGGAGGGCGAGCCUGCAGCGCGGCCUGCGAGGAAGAACCGCAGCCGGCACUCAGCGGACGAGGCAGAUGUCGUUCGCUGCGAGCACUGCUGGAUGUGUGUGAAGAAAGAAGGCCUGGCAAGCCACCUGGAAAACAGCGAAUACUGCCGCCAGUGGCGGCUCCACGCCGCCGGCCAAAAUUUGGCCGGCCAAAAGCCUGCGGAAGAGCAGGCGUGCCAGGCGGCGUGCCAGUGCAGAUACUGCUCACGGCAGUUCAUGCGCCGGUGGGACAUGCUGCAGCACUGCCUGGGCACGCACCCGGACUCCGACGAGGCUAAGGAAUGCCUUGCCGCUAUGCACAACAAGCGGAAGAAGCAGCCAAAGGAGGACCGGGCGGCUAGCAUGAGCCAGGUCCGGCCGCCCGUUCAGCUGCGGAGCCGCGGCCGUGUGGAGAAGCCGCCGCACAGACGUAGCCCGCGGCGUGAAGAGAGCCGAGAUGAUGAUGGCUCUCGAGGGCGCCGCACCGAGAGAAGCCGUGGUGAGAGCCGCCAGAGCCGUGGCCAGGCAAGCUCUCGAGGCGGCGGCCAGGCAAGCUCUCGGGGGAGCCGCAAAGGCGGCGGCCAGGCAAGCUCUCGAGGGAGCCGCAAGAGCUCCCGCGGCAGCGAGCACAUGGACCGACGCUUCUCGGGCCGCUCCCGCAGCCGCAGGGCGAGCGAGCCUGCGGCAAGCUCCGGCCGCCGUGGGCGCGAUUCGCGGAAGGAGCCGACAGGGCAGCUAGGCCGCAGCAAAUCAUCGCCAAGGGAUCGGGCCAUGGUGGCGGGUCAGAGCCAGAGCCCUCAGAUCCCCCAGAUGAUGCUGGCCUUUUUCGAUGCCACCAAAAAGAUGCUGGACAUGCAGCAGCAGCAGUCCUAA